AUGGAUUCUUGCGAACAAAAGAAACUUCUGAAAGAACAUUACAAUUCGUGGAUCGAAAGCAAACACCUCUACAUACAGAUGGAGUACUGCCCGCAAACACUCGCAGAUGUACUCAAAGACAAACAACAAGUGUUUGGCAGACAAUCGGCUGAAGCCAUGAAUAUUUACGAGUAUUUUAUAUCAUGUGAAAUAUUUCGGGAACUCUUGCAAUGCGUACAAUACCUUCACGACCAGAACCCUCCUGUCAUUCAUCGCGAUAUAAAACCGGCGAAUAUUUUAAUUUUGCAAAACACUUGUAAUAAUACAUUUAUUAAAUUGGGUGACUUUGGUUUGGCCACUGAACACGACAGACCAUCCCAGAGUCACACACUGGGGACUGGAACUCCGCAAUAUAUGGCGCCGGAUGUGGGCCUCAGUAGACAUUACGGAAUUAAACGUAUUACACCCCAUAUAGGUGCAUGCACUUAUAAACAUCGCUGGGCAUAA